GAGUUGAUGCCAUCCAUCCCAAACAUUGAACGUGUAAAGCAGUGGAUACAAUUUUGGUAAGAGCAACGGCAGUGGAAGAUCAUUGGGUCUAAGAGCACAGAAAAAAGGCGGGGAGGGAAGCGAGAGCCAUCCAAGAGAUUUAUAAAAACUCGGUUGCGCGGGGUCGUGUUUCUUGGACCGCCUGCUAAUUGAAUUGAGAGUCGAGGGCGCUCCAGUGGCGGAAACCAUCCGUUUCGGCGGCUUCUUGAUUACGGUUAACUUCCUGUUCCUCCCUUCUCUUCUGCUUCAUCCGCGCGUCGGGCGGUGGCGGUCGACGUUCGAGCCGGCGGUUCAUCUCGAACAUUUGGUUUUCAACUUUGUCAUAUGUAGCCAACCUAGAUGCCAGGAUAUGAUUUUCUUCUUGCAGAGGUUCUUCAAAUAGUUUUUCAUCACUUCAUGUAGUUGAUUAAAUGUUUAUGCCCCACAAAUUUAAGAAUCUCAGCAGUACUGGCAUACCGGACUUAAGCAUGAUCUUGCUGCUUGAUCUCGUUUUACAAUCACCAUUUGCAGAAUGAUGAAUCACAUUGGAGUUCUCAUCAAAGCUGUCCCAAGAAAGUUCAGUUUCAACUUCAUGGAUGUUGUGGAUCUUACAUUGUCUGAUAGUGACAAUGAAACCGUUGGUCAAACAGACCGAAGAAAACUUCCUGCAUGGUCGUCUGCAAUUAUCCCUGAGUCUUUUGGAUUGCCUCAAAAGCCUGCUGUUAAUGCAACAUCUAGAUCGGAACCAAGGGCCGCUAACACUAGCAGAAAUUCUGAUGGGGAUGAAGCACGAUUGGUAUCACAGAAUAUUACUUCAACAGCUAAUAGUAAUGAAGGUUUAGAUGGUGAAAUGGAUGAAAUGUUAGGUCUGGGAGAAAAUCCAGCUUUUGUUAGCACUGCUGCUACCUCUAUUUCUGGAACUGCCGUUGACCGUAAAUGUCUGCCCCCAUCUUUGAUGCAUGGGAAGCCUAUCCCUGGUUCAUCUGGAUUAGAAAAUGAUCCAAGAAAGUCGCAGAAAAAGGGACCUCAUUUGCAAUAUCAGAAUGGAUUCAUGGACACUCCUCACCCAAGUAAUGGAUCUGAAGGGCAGCUUGGUCUCUAUUUUAAGCCUGAUGCUGGCAGCAAGGGCAAGGUUCAGAAUGUUUUAUCAGGACUGCAUUCUCAUAGAAACGAUGUGCAUGAAGUGGCUGAUACACAAGCAUCUAAACUGUCAUCAGAUGGUCAUAAUUAUUCCUACAGGGGUGAUUAUGGCCGACCUUUUAAUGACAAGUCUUUUUGCCCUGAAGGGGGUAAAGUAGUUCAGAAGGCUCCUCAUGCAGACUAUGUACAAGGAAAUAAGGAUGAAAUUUUGAUCUACGAAAACGUCAGCAGUAGGAGGCAGUUGCCUGUUACUCUAUUGAAUGAGAAACAUUCUGGCCCUUCACUGCCAGCUGGUUAUGGUGAGAAUACUCAUUAUCAUGGCACUGUUGAAGACAAGCCAAAGGAGACUGAUGAGAGGCUAAUUUUUAGAGCUGCAUUGGAGGGCCUUGCUCAACCAAGAGUAGAGGCAAGCUUGCCUGACGGUCUUCUUUCUGUUCCUCUUCUAAGACACCAGAAAAUUGCUUUGGCAUGGAUGGUCCAUCAGGAAACUCAUAGUUUCCAUUGUGCGGGGGGAAUUCUUGCAGAUGACCAGGGGCUUGGUAAGACUGUUUCAACUAUUGCGCUCAUACUGAUGCAAAGGGAUCAGCACUCUAAGUUUAUCUCUGAUUCCACGGAGCAAGUCAAAAGGGAAACCCUGAAUUUAGAUGAAGAUGGUGAUGGUCCUGCUGAGAUUUCCAGUAACGAGCAGCACAAGCACUCCGAUAGUCAAAGCAAGGCAGUUACCAGUUAUCGGAUGGCUUCUGUCCAAAAAGGAAGGCCAGUUGCUGGCACUUUGAUAGUCUGUCCUGCAAGUGUUCUUCGUCAGUGGGCUCAAGAACUGAGUGACAAAGUUGCAGAUGAUGCUAAACUUUUAUUUCUGGUAUAUUAUGGAACAAACCGUACGAAAGAUCCUUUUGAGCUUGCCAAGUAUGAUGUCAUCCUUACAACAUAUUCCAUUGUAAGUAUGGAAGUUCCAAAGCAGCCUUUGUUUGAUGAAGAUGAUGUAGAUCAAAAUUCCCAAGAAAAAUAUGGAUUGUCUUCAGACUUCUCUGGCAACAAAAAAAAGAAAAAAACUGAAGAUAAGAAUAAGAAAAUGAAAAAAAGCAAGAAACAUCCUGAUGGAUCACUGGCUGGUCAAGAGAUUAGUCCACUUGCAAGGGUACGGUGGUUCAGAGUUGUUCUAGAUGAAGCUCAAACUAUAAAAAACUAUAGAACACAGGUGGCAAGAGCCUGUUGUGGCCUUCGAGCUAAGAGAAGAUGGUGCUUAUCCGGAACACCCAUUCAAAAUGCAAUUGAUGACCUUUACAGCUACUUCAGAUUCUUAAGAUAUGACCCUUAUUCUGCUUACAACUUUUUUUGUACUGCAAUAAAGUAUCCAAUUUCUAGGAACUCCAGUAAUGGGUAUAAGAAACUUCAAGCUGUACUGGGGACUAUGCUGCUGCGCAGGACAAAAGGAACCUUUAUUGAUGGGCAACCUAUCAUUAAUUUGCCCCCAAAGUCAGUAUGUUUGAAGAAGGUGGAGUUUUCCCUUGAGGAGCGUAUUUUUUACUCAAACCUAGAAGCUGAAUCUCGUUUAGAAUUUAAGGCAUAUGCAGAUGAGGGGACUGUAAACCAAAAUUAUGCGAACAUACUUUUGUUGCUUUUGCGUCUUCGUCAAGCUUGUGAUCACCCUCUUCUUGUGAAAGACUAUCGUUCUAGUAAUAAGUUAUCCGCAGAGGCUGCACAAAAACAUCCAAAUGAUAUGCUGAUGAAUUUAUUGAAGCACUUGGAAUCUUCUUCUGCAAUAUGUGCCAUCUGUAGUGAUCCACCAGAGGAUGCUGUCAUUACAAUAUGUGGUCACAUUUUCUGCAACCAAUGCAUAUCCGAGCGUUUGACUGGUGAUGAUAAUUUCUGCCCUUCACCUGAUUGCAGAAGUCAAAUUAGCACUGACUUCAUUUUUUCUAGAUCUGUCCUUCAAGGUAGUGCAGGGCAUUCUAAUACUGAUAGUGACAGCAUUGCCAGCUCUAGAAAGUUGAAGGAAUUUGGAGUAGAACCCAGUGCAUGUAGCUCAUCAAAAAUUAGGGCUGUACUAGACAUUUUGCAGUCACUUAAUAUGCGGCAAGCGAACUGUAACACUAGUUCUGCAGGAUGUGGUGAAGUUCAUGGUUUUACUUCUAAACCAGACAUGAGUUGCUCUGCUGACUCAAACAAACAUGCACUGGCGGGUAUCAAGUUAAGCACACCAGUUGCACUUCCAGAGAAAGCCAUUAUUUUUUCCCAGUGGACCAGCAUGCUCGAUCUGCUAGAAAUUUCAUUGAAGAGCUCCUUUAUAAAUUACAGAAGGCUUGAUGGGACAAUGACUUUGUCUGCCAGAGAUAAAGCCGUCAAAGAUUUCAACACACUUCCAGAGGUAACUGUCAUGAUAAUGUCUCUCAAGGCUGGUAAUCUUGGUCUAAACAUGGUUGCUGCCAAUCAUGUUGUCUUGCUUGACCUAUGGUGGAACCCAACAACUGAAGAUCAGGCUAUUGACCGAGCACAUCGCAUAGGGCAGACUCGUCCUGUGACUGUUCUUCGAUUGACGAUAGAAAAUACUAUUGAGGACCGCAUAUUAGCUUUGCAGGAGGAAAAGAGAAAGAUGGUGGCCUCGGCAUUUGCAGAGGACCAAACAGGUAGCUUUGCAACUCGGCUUACAGUGGAGGACUUAAGAUACUUGUUCAUGGUCUGAUACUAGUCUCCAUAGAUUUGGUUUUUGGAGCCCACCUCAAACCUUAAUACCAAAGUGAGAUCGUUCGGGGAAAUUAUCACUUUCAUGUAGUGGGAGUAAGGUCAGGGCUGAUCAUUUUUGUGAUGCUGCAUAGCAUUUAUAUGUAAUUUUUUGUAAAUAUUUCCCUUCUGAGGUACGAAGAGGAUAUUAGUCAUACCUAAGGCUCGCUUUUAGAUUCUAGACCAGGUUCUGCUUCUCCAGAUCAGAACCUACCCUUUGGUCAGAGAUAGGAAAGUUCCUGGAGCGUAGAGGUUGCUGGUGUAUACUCUAGUCGAUGUCAAUAUAUUGCGGCUCACUCUUUAACAUUGUACAUACUGGACUUGGUGUCAAUGUAUUGCAGCUCGCUCUUUUAACAUUAAUACAAAAGGCAACUGUAUAACCAGUGUAUAUGUGUAAA